CUUGAAAGUGAGCCCAUUAAAAUAAAGUGGGUGGGUUUUAGUGGUUGUUACCGGCCCGCUUAACGAGGACAGACUACCCAAGUGCCCCGGCAUUUAAAUGGUGCAGACCCUCCAGUUCCUGCGUUCUUGGGGAAGAAAACGCCUCACGGAUCUCCAAAUCUGGCUGAUUUCAGAGAAUAACCGCUUAUAUUCGAUUGUAUUCUGAAUAACAGCUCUGGUCUCAUCAUGUCGGGCGGUCCGGCUGUCAGGAUCAGCAUCGAGUCUUCCUGUGAGAAGCAGGUGCAGGAAGUGGACUUCCACGGCACGGAGACGUACGUCCCUCCUCUGUCCAUGUCCCAGAACCUGACCAAGCUGGCACAGAGGAUCGACUUCAGCCAGGGCUCCGACUCCGAGGAGGACGGGGCCGACGGAGAGCCCAGGGACAGGGAGUGGGGCAAGCAGGAGACGGAGGAAGAGGAAGGCACGGUGAAGUUCCAGCCGUCUCUUUGGCCCUGGGAUUCUGUGCGCAACAAUCUGCGCAGCGCCCUGACAGAGAUGUGUGUGCUCCACGACGUGCUCAGCGUGGUGAAGGAGAAGAAGUACAUGGCUCUGGAUCCGGUGUCUCAGGAUCCGAAUGCUGGAAAAACGCCGCAGGUUUUCCAGCUGAUCAGCAAAAAGAAAUCUCUGGCCACGGCGGCGCAGCUCCUCCUGAAAGGAGCCGAGAAGCUCAGCAAGUCCGUGGCCGAGAACCAGGAGAACCGGCGGCAGCGCGACUUCAACGCCGAGCUUCUGCGACUCCGAUCGCAGUGGAAACUCCGAAAAGUCGGAGACAAGAUCCUGGGAGACCUCAGCUACCGGAGCGCAGGUUCCCUUUUUCCUCACCCCGGCACGUUUGAGGUGAUCAAAAACACAGACAUUGAUCUGGACAAAAAGAUCCCAGAGGACUACUGUCCGCUGGACGUCCAGAUCCCGAGCGACCUGGAGGGAUCGGCUUACAUCAAGGUCUCCAUCCAGAAACAGGCUCCAGACAUCGGUGACCUCGGAACCGUCAACCUCUUCAGGAGACCUCAGAAAAGCAAAGCAGGAACGCAGCCGUGGCACUUGAAGCUGGAGGCGGCGCAGAACGUCCUGCUCUGCAAGGAGAUCUUUGCGCAGCUUUCCAGAGAAGCGGUCCAGAUUAAAGCGCAGAUCCCGCACAUCGUGGUGAAGAACCAGAUCAUCUCGCAGCCUUUCCCAGGUUUGCAGCUUUCCAUCUCUCUGUGCCACUCCGCUGGAGAGAGGAAGAGCAGCCGAGCGUCUCCGGAGAAACCCAAACCGGACGACCAUCUUUACGUCCUGGAGCACAAUCUGCACCAGAUGAUGAGAGAGUUCCAUAAGCAGCAGCUGAGCUCGGUGGUGAUGCCGCAUCCGGCCAGCGCGCCGUUCGGCCACAAGCGUCUGCGGCUGGCGGGGCCGAUGGCGUACGACAAGGCCGAGAUCUCCAGCCUGCAGCAGGGCGAGGGGCUGCUGGAGAAGAUCAUCAAACAGGCCAAACACAUCUUCCUGCGCAGCAGGACGGCUCGGACCAUCGACAGCCUGGCCAGCCGCAUCGAAGACCCUCAGAUCCAGGCCCACUGGUCCAACAUCAACGACGUUUAUGAGUCCAGCGUCAAGGUGCUCAUCACCUCGCACGGCUACGAGCAAAUCUGCAAGUCCAUCCAGCUGCAGCUGAACAUCGGCGUGGAGCAGAUCCGCGUGGUGCACCGGGACGGCCGGGUCGUCACGCUGUCGCACCAGGAGCAGGAGCUGCAGGACUUCCUCCUCUCUCAGAUGUCGCAGCACCAGGUGCACGCCGUGCAGCAGCUGGCCAAGGUGAUGGGCUGGCACGUCCUGAGCUUCAGCAACCACGUGGGGCUGGGCCCCGUGGAGAGCAUCGGGAACGCCUCCGCCAUCACCGUCGCUUCCCUCAACGGAGAGUACGCCAUCUCAGUGCGCAACGGCCCAGAGAGCGGCUGUAAGGUUCUGGUCCAGUUCCCGCGCAGCCAAAUCAAAGAGCUGCCAAAGAGCGACGCGGUCCAGGACGCCAAGUGGAGCCAGCUGCGCGGGCCGCACAGGGAGGUCAACUGGAGCAAGAUGGAGGGACGCAACUUCGUCUACAAGAUGGAGCUCCUCAUGGCGGCGCUCACUCCGUGUCCUUAGGCCAAGCUGACGGUUUUCCUUCCACUCAACCUUCAGCCGUGGAGCCAGACUGCAGCUCUCGCUCAGCUGAACCAGAUUUAUGUCGGACUUGAAUGAAAAGCGAAGACAUUUGUUUACAGCUGAUUUUUAAAACGACAAACCUGCAGGAAGAUCUGAUGUUCAAACACAAACCGCAAGAAAACAAAGUAUUUUUCUAUAGUUUCUAUGCUUGAAAUAUCUUUUAUGUAAUUUUAUUUUCAGAUGAUUGUAGAUGCAUAAAACUAACUCACAAGUAACUUUUCAGCUUGGUGUACCUAAAUAAUUUUAGGAUUAUUUAGGUCAAUAACUCCUUAAUACUGAUUUUAAAAAGUAUUAUUUCCACUGGCAGAUUGCUUCACUCCUAACUUGACAUUUUUCUCAGGUUAUUAGUUAAAUAAUCUGCCAGUGGAACUAAAAUUUAAUAUUAAGGAACUGUUUACCUAAAAAAGCCCAAAAGUUCCUUGUGAAUUUUUAGAUUGAAACUUUAUUUCAAACUCAAGGUCCUCACGGCAAAAACACAAAAUCUUACCGAUUAAUUUUGUUCUAGUAAAAAUAUUAGUAGUUUAAAUGAGACAAAACUGAAUUAUAAGUAAUUUAAGUAACUGAUUCUUGAAUAUAGAUAAAAGUUGUGGUUCCACUGGCAGAUAAGACAUUUCCCCAUGUUUUAGUGACAUAAUGUGGAUUAAGAUAUUUACAGUAGAAAAAUUACAGUUACUUGGUAAGAUUUUGUGUUUUAAGUGCAACUAAAAAAAAAGGAACAAAACAAACAGACAUACGUAUCUACAAUCAUGUAAAAGUAAAAUUCAAUAUGGAGGUUUUGUUUUAUUUCAAGUGUACUGUGAUAUCUGCUGCAGGAUCUAGACUAAAAUGCUUUUCUGCAGUGUGA